AUGGCCAACUAUGAUGAUGAUUCUGGUGAACUUUCUGGGCAAUUUUCCUUUAAUAAACAAUAUGAAAUGAGCGAUAAUAUUACAAUUAGCUCAAGUAGUAAUGCAUCUAUUUUUGAUAAGAACCAAUUGAAUAAAAAAAAGAAUAAAACAAACAAAUUAAGACGAACUUAUGCAAAAUCGAGUUGGGUCUGGAAUUAUUUUGAAACAAGCAAUGAUGGAAAGUACAAUGAAUGCCAAACACCUAAUUUUGAACAUGAAGAAUCUUCUGAUGAUGAUAAUAGUUCCAAAGAUGAAGAUUUGAAAUUUUUGACUUUAACAAAUUACUAUCGUCAUCAAACACAUUCAGUAAUAAAUACUGCAAAUCAAAGUAAUGAUCAUACUCAUAUUACACAAACUAUUUUUAAAACUUUACAACAUACAAUUUAUGAUUCUUUGUUUGAUUAUUGGAGUGAACCACUAAUGCCUAGGUUAUUAGCAUCACUUUUAGACCCUAGACUAAAGAUACUAGCAAUUUGGAGUGAAAAUGUUUAA